CUUGCAAUAGUUUGUGUUCUGCCCCUCCCACAAUGGGGAGAUUCCCCCAGUAGUCUGUCUCUGCCCCUCCCACAAUGGGGAGAUCUCCUUGCAAUAGUUUGUGUUCUGCCCCUCCCACAAUGGGGAGAUUCCCCCAGUAGUCUUCUGUCUCUGCCCCUCCCACAAUGGGGAGAUUCCUCCCAGUAGUCUGUCUCUGCCCCUCCCACAAUGCGGAGGUUUCCUCCCAGUAGUUUGUGUCUCUGCCCCUCCCACAAUGGGGAGAUUCCCCCAGUAGUUUGUGUUUCUGCCCCUCCCACAAUGGGGAGAUUCCCCCCAGUAGUCUGUCU